CCGAAAAUUAGGUGAGUAUAUAAGCUCCUAGCCAGGACGUGUUUGCUAUCAGUCGAUCUGUUUAAGAGCAGAGAAACCAAGCAAGAAACCAACAAUGAAUUCCUACGCCUUAGUCGCAUUUUUCGCAUUCGCCGCCGUUGCCAAUGCAGGCAUCCUAGCGCCCGCCGCCAGGAUUAUUCAAGGACCGAGCAGCAGGACUACCGUUGUAGGUCCUGAUGGCAGUGCUAUUUCGUCCGUGGCACCGGCGGGCCAGAUCGUUCACGAAGAGAGCGUGGGAGUCGUUGCAGAAACCGCUCCAGUAGUUGCCGGCGCACCAGUAUUAUCCGCUUACUCCGCCCCCGUAGUAUCGGCGCCCGUCGUAUCUGCUUAUUCCGCCCCUGUCGUAUCUGCGUACUCCGCCCCUGUGGUAUCAGCUCCGGUAGUGUCGGCAUACUCCGCGCCAUUGGUUUCAGCUCCAGCUGCCUCCCUGUUGUCGGCUGAUACUGUGGUCGCUGGUCCUUCUGGGACGGUGGUAGCCGGUAGAUCUGUAGCAACACCCGUUGUAGCUUGGUAAUUUGG